AUAUGAUACGCGUCAAAGCCCGUGGCAACUUGGGGGCCGUGCGGCGUGCCAGUCACGCGUCUAACUUAGCGCACUCUGGUUUCGUGCUAAUCCACCUUGCAAGACACUGAGAGAUAAGAUGUCGUAUUACAACAGUCCUCCUCCUCCAUACCAGCAACAUGCUUCAACCACGCCACAAGCAUUCCGUCCUGGCCAUUCUCACUCUACUGCACAAGGACAUACACAUAACGGUAAUUCGCAGAACUAUGGGCAUCACGGACAUGGUUAUGGACGCCAGCCCUCGAUCGCGGUACCAAAGCGCCCCGUUCCCCGGAUCGUAAUUCAUCCCAGGUCCAAUGAAACCGAUCCUCUCCUGUCGAGAGAAAGACUUCGACAAAACCAUGACGUAGCAUGUUACUUCUUCAUAACUAUCGGAGCUAUAUUCAUUUUGGGGGUGUUUCAUUUCCUCCCGUCUACGCCCCCCGAUAAGAUUGCCUGGACCAAUCUUGAAUCUCAUUCCUGCACCAGUUAUGCAACAAGGGAGUACGUAGCAGAAAUGAAUGUCUCACCUUGGAGCCGCCAGUGGACGAAUAUCUGCACGAGUACUCCAGUGGUUGUCCAUGGCCAGCCUCACUUUCCCUCCAGAUGUGAAUAUCGUUCAGGUACGGUGAUUGGUCAUUUCGCCAUCAAAUAUAACGAACCAGACUGCGUCACAUACUGGAGUGGAUAUAGGGAUUGGGGAUGUACCGCUAAGGGCUCGCACAAGAGACACAUUGAGCAACAUCUCAUGAAUGUACCGGCCAACGCAGACUAUAAGGAAUUCUGUGCGACAACGCCUGCUCGUUUCUUAGACUGGGAAUUCUCUGGUGCGGACUCGUGCUUCAAUAGCAUCUGGGGUGUCUAUGGGCAGUGGUUCAUCAACGACCCAAGUUGUUGAAACGAGUGGAGCAUGGCUUCUCAUACCUAUUGAUGACCACUUUUACCUCUAUUUUUUCCCAGCAUUCGUGUUCUAUUUACUGAUGAAAAUUGUAUUAUGUACCUACCCGUGCGGCCCGUUGCACGUUUCGAACGAAGUGACCAAACGGCAUCUGCAACCGUGCCAGGGCGAGUUAUCGAGGACUUUCAGUACUGUCUGCAGCACUCAGUACGCGACCUUACCUCUGUGGAGCAACUCGACCAUUGCUGUGGCAGCCGUAGGAGCAAUCUACAAUCAGAACCGAACAAACGAACAAAUACGUACGCCACGGGGGUAGCAAGGAUAGCCCACGGGUAACUCACUGAAAUCAAAUGCUACGGCUGCGCUCAAUGAAUUGAGCUGUGACGACGCAGGAGUGAAGCAGAUUCAUUCAAUCUGAC